CUUGAAAAGUGGCCAUCCACCGACCCCGCUCGGUGGAAUUCAGCCAUGGCAUGGGACGAGAAGAAUCGGGACGAGUGGGCGAAGCGAUUUCUGGAGCAAACCUUCAAAGACGCGGUGAUCCCCCUGGAGGGAACGGAAGGCGCCAAGAUGAGCUUCUUCCGGGUGGAGGUGCGCGGGGACUGCGCUCUGGCGGUGAAGGCCGGGAAGCCCCAGCCCAUCUUCGAGCUGAAGCUGGAGUUGGAUUGGAAGGUCGAGCAGCCCAUUGAGCGAGGCAAGUCCAUCCUCGAGGCGAAAGGCCAGAUCCAGGUGACCGACUUCAGCUCGGAGGACAGCUCGGAGCCGCAGAUGAAGCUCGUUUGCGACAACCAGAUGCCGCCAGGUGCCACCCCGGCCUUCAAGGAUCUCAUGGACAAGCUCAACGGGGCGGUGAAGUCCCACGGAAAGGGGGAGGUGGCCCGAAUCCUCGCCGAGGACUUUGUUGUGGAGCUGAAGAAGCAGGUCUGACAGCGUGCCUGCCUUCCUGGUGCUAAAUAGCCCGCAAUGCUUAAGUUUCCAAAAGGAAGCCGACAAGGGAUGGAAC